ACCAGCAUCUUCAUUUGAAUCUUCUAUUGAUGAAUUCGAAGACUCUGGAAGAAGACAGAUCUAGUAAACGUCGAGGCCGAAAAAUUAUAGCGCCAUCUCCUCAAUGUUUACAUCGAGAGCUUAGAAAAUGGCGUCGUCUGCAAGUGAAUGCGGAACCUCAAAGGCGGAUCAAAAUACAAAAUGUCGAAUUGAUUUAGACCCUUUACAGCAUAGAAAAUACACAUUUCCAAGCGAACAAAUUCCAAGGCUUGAUGUUUCAGAUCCAAAAGUCAGCGAAUAUGUUCGAGACGGAAAACCAGUAGUGAUCACAGGAACCAAUCUGGUCGAGACUGCUCUGAAAUGGGACCUGGACUACUUGGAGAAAAAACCUUGGCAGCGGUAAAUUCAACGUGUACGUCUCCAAGAACCAUCACUUCAUGUACUUUGACGACAAGAAGGCGAGUAAUCAGAAAGAAUUCUCUCCCAAAACCAGGCUCAUGGAGAUGACCAUUCCAGAAUUUGUCCAACUUAUGGAAGAAAAAAAAGGCGGCACUGACAAGGUAUACCUUCAGCAGGCUCUGAAUGAUUCAGUAGGUCCCAGCAUUGUGGAAGACUUUGUGAGGUUCAACUGGAACUGGGUAACAGACUACCAGAAGAAGAACAGCUGGGGACCGCUCACCUCCAAUCUCCUCCUCGUAUCCAUGGAAGGAAAUGUUACUCCAGCACACUAUGAUGAGCAGGAGAACUUCUUUGCUCAGGUCAAAGGUUACAAGAGAUUCAUCAUGUUCCCUCCAAGUCAGUUUGAUCGUCUCUACCCCUUUCCAGUCCAUCAUCCCAACGACAGACAGAGUCAGGUGAACUUUGACGAUCCUGAUUUUGAGAGGUUUCCAAAGUUCCGAAAUGCCAAAGCAGUAGAAGCAGUAGUAGGUCCUGGUGAUGUUAUUUACAUUCCAAUGUACUGGUGGCAUCAUGUGGAGUCUCUCUUACAUGGAGGAGUGACAGUAUCGGUAACAUUCUGGUUCAAGGCUGGAGCAGGCCCCAAGCAAGUGGAGUACCCUCUAACACCGCAACAGAAAGUCUCCAUCACAAGGAACAUUGAAAAGAUGCUCUUUGAAGUGCUUAAGGAUCCCAAGGAGGUUGCAUCGCUCUUUCACCUCAUCGUCGAUGGUCGCUAUGACCUCCCCGCUGACCCCAUGCCCCCUUCAAGCUAGCAUGCAGGUAGACAUGCCCAUAGACACGCCCAUUCAAAUACUACCAGCAAUAGACCACCUCAAUCAAAACUCUGCCUAGGUUUGAUCAGUUCUGAUUCAAGGAAAGAAGUUUUGGUGAUUGAAAUCCAUUAUUAUUCCCAAAAAAAAUUGAUGGUAAGCUUAAAUGGGAAAUUCUACCUUGAUAUAUGCCAGGUGGUUCACAAGGGGGUUAAAACAUGUAACAGCGACAGGUUUGAAUUGAUAUUGUACAGGUUUGAAAAUGAGGAACAGCCUUAUAUUAGUUGUCAACCAAAAUUAUUUCUGAAAUAUUAGUCAUACAAUGUUUUUGGAAAUGCUUCAAAUUUUGGAUCCGAUUGCACCAGAGUGCAUCCAAGAACCUUAAAGCCCUUAAACAAGCCUUGGAGCCUGGCCACAAGGGACUUUGUACAUGUUUGAAUUUUAGUUUGUGGACCAUCCUCUAGGUGGAUUUUGAUAUUCAACUAAGAGCAAGUCAUGUCUGUCUCUGUCUGCAAGAGAGGGAUUUAAAAAUAUUUACUAUAAACAUGCUUAAAAAGCUAUUACAUGCGUAGGUAAGGUGUAAUGUAGUCAUUAAGGGGUUCUCACCUAAAAUCAUUUACAGCGACAUGAAAUGUUUGUGUGUAAAGUCUGAAAGACAUGAAGUUUUGAGAAUAUAUAAUGUAUAUAUAUAUAUAGAGUACUGUAAAACCAAAAAUAGGGUUAGUGAAUUUUGCCUAUGGAUAAGAUUCAGGCACUGAAUUCUGCAUUGUGAAAGUUUCUUGCCGUGAAAAUGGCUGCCGCGUAUAAUUUGCCAAAGUUUCUAGCUUUUGUGGCAAAAACCGGUACUUGUAGUUUUCAAAUGAAACAAUUUAAAAAAUGAAUAUUGUAAGAUGUGAGAUUAAACCGUAAGCAGCUGCUAGAAAAAAAAAUUGAUGGACGGGAACCAAAUGAGAUUUGAGCCAUUUCUAUAUUUUUGUUUUGUUUUUCGAUCUUGUUCGCUACUGAAGCAAAUCAUUCAUAUAUUUUCCCCGCUGCAAACCCACUUCAAAUUAUUUUCAUUGAGAUACUGUCUGAACCCGUUGACUACUGAACUUUAUAGGUCCCAUAGGCUUAACACAGAGACCACCCGGUUCCCGUAUAAAGCAAAGGAUUAACAGGUAGUAUCAAAGAAUACAUAAUAUGUAGGACAGAGCAAAAAUAAAAGGAAAUCUAAAAUCAUUUCGUAAAUCUGAUUUCCAAUAUCAAAUUCAUUAGGAAAACUAAAAGCUGGAAAUGCCCUUGUAUAUAUAAAGCAUAAUUGUUUUGGGUAUUCAUUGUUACAUCAAUCUUCCAUUUUUCUUUGUACCUACUUUUUUCUGGUUAUUGAGUCUCUAUGUCUAGUAGAGUGUGUUUGUUACGAGCCAAAUUCAUGUCAUAUCUGAAAUACGUAGAGGAUGUACUCUUUAUCACUUGGACUGUUCUCCUUCGAAAUAUCGGUAAUCUGUAGUACUGUAACUAUUUCUUCAUCUUGUGUAAGGUUCCAAAAGUUCAUUUGUGUAACAAUUUUAUAUGUAUAUUAAGAUACCUUGAAUUAUGUAUACUAAAAUUUUAAAGAUAUAGUAAUGCAAGUGGGGCCCUGGAAAGCUCUCAAAGAGUUAUUUAAAACAGCAAAAAGGUUAACAAUAAUAACAACAACAAAGCAAUACUAGAUCACUGUGAGGGAAUCCCACUAUUCCAUUGGAAAGUCCCAACAUAGCUCAAGCAACAACAAAAAGAAAAGGAAAAAUAAAAUAUAUUCUAUACUUUACCAAAAGGAACAGAAUCCUCCUUUUUUUUGUCUUUGAAUUGAAUUGAAUUGAAUUUGCAUUUAUUUCAUUCUCGAUUAAAAAUUACAUUGAUACAAAAGAUACAAAAUUAUUCAUGAACAAAUUUAGAAAUGAAAUGGGGAACUACAUAAAUAAAGCCCUUAGGCCUUGUACAAGCAUAGUUUCCAAAGCAUUCAUAGCAUAAUGUAAAGCAAAGAUUAAAACAAACAAAAAAGAUAUAAAAUAAAUAAAAACAUAAGAUAUUAGUAACUAUACAUAUUUGAGAUAAAGAAACUGCUUAAAAAUUUUUUUUGAAGGAAUUAAUUGACUUGCAAUUAGAAAUAUCUUUGGGGAUGGAGUUCCAAAUUACAGGGAAAUUAUGACGUACUGAUUUCAUUACCUUAUUUGUUUUUACUGGCCAUAAGUGAAAAGAAUCCUUAAAACAGGUAUUGUGGUUAUGUAUCUGGUAAUUGAGAGUGAACACCUGAAAAAUAUUAACAGGUAAUUUAUUUUGAAAGUAAAAGAAACCAAGGAGGGCAAUGGCUUCUAAUCAAGUCUGAAGUAAGCAUGUGUACAUUUCUGGAUAAUUUGUUUUUUUAGCAGUCGUUUCCACAAGAGUCAGAAACUGUCAGGAAUCUAUUAUUUUACAGAACUUUCUUAUCUUGAUUUUAGUGUACAUUUAAUGUUCUAGCUCAGUAAAAUGGAAAGAAAUGUUCGAUUCGCGUGACUAAGAGCAGUAGAAAUUGUUAGUUUUUAGUGAAGUAAGUUUGCCAAAAUGUGUCUUGCUGCUGGAAAAUUGUUGCAAAAUCGUUGGGUUUUAGUUGCUAGAUUUUUUUAAAUGGUGAUGGGCAGGCACAUUCUGAUAUUUAAUGGCUUUUAUUGAAGGAAAGAACAAACUAUUAAAGCAACUGAAAUUGACAUGGUACAUGUAUUUUUCAUAACUGUUGAAGGUCUUUCUUAUCAACAUGAUCACAGGAACUUAACAAAAACGUAUGCAUUAAACUGGUUUCAUUACAAAAAUAGCCUAUUAGUAGCUUUGCAUGUCACCUUUUGAAAUACACAUAUGCAAACAAUGACAAUGACAUAUCACAUAAUCUGAGAACGAUUUCUUUACCGACAUAUGAUAUUGCUAUAGAUAUUUUCACUAACAUAUUCAAACAGUAUGCAUACCAUACUUUAAAAAAAGGGUUGUUCUUGACAACCUGUAAGCUUGCCCUAGGCUUGUUUUAGGCAUAAAUGAAUAGCGACAGACAGACUUGUGCAUAUUGAUUGAGCUCUGUGUUAUAGAAUGUGAAGCGUAUUAUGAAACAAUGCUGAGGUUUCAUCAUAUGAACAAGCCUAAUUUACACUGUGUAUCACGGUCGUUAUGAACAAAAUGGCCACGUUUCCCAUGCCAUAUGUGAACACACUUUAAAACAUGAUGUGAGUUAUGAAAAACCAAUAAUCUUGUCAUAUUAAAAGAACAUUGAUUCUUGUUGAACAAAUAUUGUAUGAAUGUAGAAUAUACAGCUGUCUCCCAUUCUUUUUUCACAGUUAAUGUCUUAAGUUUUGUGAAAAUAUUUGACAAUGCUGAUGUAUACAUGUCGUUUGACAAUGCAUGAAGAAUCGUUCUUGGAGCUAUUUUACUUGAUGCUUGACUGUUUUCAUGAAAUUCAUUUACCUAUGUAUAGAGGGAACCCAAGUUAUAAAAUCAACUCGGCACAAUGAGCUUAUUUAAUAAAUAAUGUUUAAUCACCACUUCUAUGCAAGAAACCCUGUAUCAGAUUCUUUGCAGAAUAUGAAAAUGUUCACAUUCUUAUGUUUUUCUUCUUUCCUUUCCUUAAAUGCAUAUUAUUUCUCGCAUAGUUGACUUUGAAGGUUUGUUCACAUAUGGCACAGUAAACUGCCUCCAAUAAGCCAGGGCAGUUUAAAAAAAAAACAUAUGUGAAUGCACCUGCACGCAACAGUGGACUUUCACGUAUUCACUAAGCUCUGUGCUAUAAGAUGCAGCAAUAUGCAGCGUAUUUUACUUCACGUCAUAAAAAACGCAGCGGUUUUGCCGCGGCAUAUCUGAAUGAGCCCUUAAUUACCGGUAAUGUAGAUACUUGUAGUAUACUUGAGAGAGAACCUUAUCUGAAGGUUUUUUUAUUUACUUAUAUACGCAGAGCGAAAUGUGUAGUGUAAAGUGUAGAGUUUCGAACAGUGUAUAUAUUUGCUGCAUACAGUGACAAAUGAAAUCGGUGUUCAUUUUUGUUUCUAAUCUUUUGUAAUGGAGAUACAUAUGAUUGUGAUGAUAUACAGAUUAUUUUUUAUUUAUAUCAUGAGAAAUAAAUAUUUCUUCUUUGUCAUGCCAAAGUCA